AUGAAAUUCUUAUCAAUCCUCACCGUUUUUUUGGUAUUUGUUAUUGCUAUUGCUCAUACGGCCGUUAUUAAAAGAAAAGUUGGAGACCAAGUCAGAACAGAUGGUGUGAGAUUCAAAGAUCUAUAUCAGAGCCUAACUCAUAAAUUUGAUAAAACCUAUGGCCAUUUUAGUAAACUAUCUGAUGAGUUUGAUACGACAAUAAAAGCUGCCGCUAAAGAAGAUGGUACAGACGAUAAAACCAAAAAAGUGCUAUUGAAAUGGAAUGAGAAAUAUUUGAAAGAAGUAUCUAAAAUGCAAGCUUCUAACAAAAAGUUGCAAAAAUCAAUCAAGAAUCUUAAUAAUUUAUUGCAUAAAUAG